AAGCAGGGAGACUUAACCUCCAACUUCUCUAUUUCGCCUAGCCUACUACUCGCAUUGAUACACGCAUUGGCAUUUCCAUGAUGUGAAAAUUUUCAAGACGAGUUCAAGGAUACACCAGUAGUGUGAAGUAGUACUUCCACGAUUUUUUCUGACCCCGUUCUUUUUUUUCGAAACACUUGAAAGUAGUCUGUUUGCAGAACUCGCGUUCUGUUCACGAUUUGCGAUUUUUCAAAGUGACCCUGUGAAACAAAAGACAUUAACAACACAGUAGUUUUUGGUUUGGCUUUGGCUGUGAACAAGUUUGGGUAUCUCCUGUAACUACACAUAAGUCUGGGUUCCCAGCAUGUUGUCUACGUUGCGGCACGGCUUCGGUGCGCCGCUGCGUCGCGCAGGCACCCGAAGUAUUAGCACAAAGCAACUCGCGGGCUACACCGUUCACGACCACUCGUAUUGCAGUUUUUUAGUAGGAUGAAAAUCAAGAUUCUUCAUCACGCAGAGAGGUACCAACUCUGUGCGGGUCAACAUCUUUCCACUUGAUAUGAGUUUGAUCCGAGUAACUUACUAAACAGGUUUGAUGCGGUGGUUAUCGGCGCAGGUGGUGCGGGUCUGCGGGCGGCCGCAGGGCUGGUUGCCAAUGGUUUAAACACCGCGUGCAUCACCAAGGUUUUCCCCACGCGAUCGCACACCGUCGCAGCCCAGGGUGGAAUAAAUGCGGCCCUGGCCAACAUGACGGAAGAUGACUGGAGGUGGCACGCUUACGACACAGUGAAAGGUGCGGACUGGCUUGGGGACCAGGAUGCCAUCCAGCAUAUGUGCAGGUACUCUCGUCUUCAGCAAGUUGAUGUAUCUGGCACAAAGUGAGAGCAGGACUACGACUACUAGAGGUAGAUUUUGAAGACAUUGCUCUUGGCUGCAGGACUGAAUCAGGUUUGGCGGGUGAGUAAUGAAGCGAUUUAGACAGAGAAAUUUUUGUGGCUCAUGCGAUUCCAAACCGGUACCUAUCACACAACUCGCAACAGGAUGGCACCGAAAGUGGUGUUGGAACUGGAGUCCUUUGGACUGCCGUUUUCUCGCACGGAGGAUGGUAAGAUCUACCAGCGAGCUUUCGGGGGGCAGUCGCUGCAGUUCGGGAAAGGCGGUCAGGCCUACCGCUGCGCCGCCGCGGCUGAUCGGACGGGGCACGCAAUUCUGCACACACUCUACGGCAUGGCGUUGAAGCACGGUAAAGAUUUUUUGCAACUGUGCUUGCUACAGGAUUAUCUUCGCGACAGCCGUGUCGUCGAGCUGGACGAUGUGGAUUUUUUUUUCGGAAUUCCUUCGGAUUUUCAUCGCACACGCAAUUCAUUUUCCGAUAACAAUUGCCCUCCAGAUUGCCUAUUUUUCGUGGAGUACUUCGCCUUGGACCUGAUCCAGGAUGACGAUGGCAAGGUGGUUGGGUGCCUCGCGCUGUGCAUGGAAGACGGCAGCCUCCACCGAUUUGGCUCCCACGCGACGGUAUUGGCUACGGGCGGGUUCGGGCGAGCCUACCAGUCCUGUACGUCCGCACACACCUGCACGGGCGAUGGCGGCGGUACUUACCAUCCUUCAAUGCGAUGUUGGCUAUUGAAAGUCAUACGGAUCAUGCAUCCACUUAUUUCAGCACGUUUCACGAUUGAUUGUCUUGAUUCUUUUGUUGGUACGCAAGAAACGGCUUGUCGUGUAUCAAAUACUACAGCCAUGGCAUCGCGUAUCGGUCUGCCGCUGGAGGAUUUGGAGUUCGUGCAGUUCCACCCAACUGGGAUUUUCCCAGCUGGCUGCUUGAUUACGGAAGGCUGCCGUGGGGAGGGAGGCAUCUUGAAGAACAGCGAAGGUACAGACGUUCUUUGGUUCGCCGCGUGUCCACCUCUAUGAUGUCGGUGGCAUUGAUUAUUUGAGCACGGUCACGAAUCGCUUUCUGGCGGUUCUGGAGAGGCGAAAGAGGCACGAAUGAGAAGCCUUAGCCUUUUGAGCUGCAUUUCCUUCGCAAACAAAAAAUGCAACAUCAACUACUACUCGUUGCAACAUCUUCCCCGUGCAUAUAAUGACCACAGGUGAACCCUUCAUGGCAAGAUACGCCCCCACCGCGAAGGACUUGGCCUCGCGCGACGUGGUUUCGAGAAGUAUGACCAUGGAGAUCCGGGAGGGGCGAGGUGUGGGCCCGCACAAAGAUCACGUCUACCUCCACUUGGACCACCUGCCCGCCGAGACGCUGGCCCAGCGGCUGCCGGGUAUCUCCGAAACCGCAAAGAUUUUCGCCGGGGUGGACGUGACGAAGGAGCCCAUCCCGGUGCUGCCGACCGUCCACUACAACAUGGGCGGCGUCCCCACGAACUGGAAGGCGGAGGUGCUCACCAAGGACGAGAAAAUUGUGCCAGGACUCUUCGCUGCAGGUAGGAACAGAAAGUUUAUGUGUCUUGUGCGCUACUUCUUGUUCGAAGCCUAGGCGUAGGAGCUCACUCUUGUCAGAAGACCUUGCAUCAGCUGAAGUAGCUGUCGUAGUUUAUUCACGUGUAGUACUUACGAAGAGUAGAAACGAAAUUUGAUAAGUGACGACUACGCCACUGUGAUUCUUCUGCAUGUCCUCUUCGUUCACACUCGCGGGAGCACGCGUGGUCGCUCCAUCCGCGUGCUCGAAUACUAAAGCCAUGACAUACUUACUACAGGUGAGGCUUCUUGUGCGUCCGUGCACGGUGCUAACAGGUUGGGAGCGAACUCCCUAUUGGAUUUGGUCGUCUUCGGCCGUACCGCGGCAGAGACAGUGUCCGCCUUGGUCAAGCCGAACUCACCACCAGUCAAACUGAAGGAAAACGCCGGCGAGGUGACGCUGCAGAGGUAUUCUUGUUGUAUCCUCCUUGGUGCAAGUUAAAGUUUCGGUCAGAUUUACAGGCAGAGGAACAAGCUAUGCCGUGGCAGAGUCGAUGUUUAGAAAAAAAGGACUAGCAGUGUGGCGGAUUAAUUGACGUACGAAAAAACUCAACAUCAGACGUACGUAACAAUGCAACACGAACACAGGUUUGAUCAAAUCCGCAAUAAGUCUGGGCCGAUUCCCACAGCGGAUUUGCGUUCCGAACUCCAGUCCGUUAUGCAGACGCACGCCCCCGUGUACCGAAAUUCAAAGGACCUGAUCGAGGGAAAGAAAAAGGUUGUCGACGUUUACAAGAUAUCAAAUGUAAAAAUAUCUGGGUCUGGAAGGAUGUAACCUGUGAUGCGCAUUUCAGAACACACAAAAAUCUCUCAUGCAUAGGUAGCAAAAGCUGCUCGCUUUCUGUCACCAAAGUGGAAGAUUUGUCAUGCGGGUUCGGCAAUGCGGAAGCUUCUCGAAACCUGUGAUGCUAGAGCUUCCACGCCAGACCUUCUGUGUCAUGCAGAAACAGCAUGACUCUUCCAGACCCAGACAUUUUUACAUUUGAUACAAGAAGUUUAAGGAUGUUGGUGUGAAGGACAAGACCAUGAUCUGGAACACCGACCUGAUCGAAACUCUCGAGUUGGAAAACUUGCUGACGCAGGUACUUCCUACAUUCUGUUUCCAGUCAGCUUUUCUUGCUCAAUCGAUUGAAAGAAUAUGGAACGAUCAUGCAGCACGAUCAUGUGCAUGUUUCUGCCCUUGCGAAAAUAAAUGACAUUGAAGUUAGUAGAUGCGCCCAGUCUAGGAGCGUUCGAUAGUAGUUACAGUUUGAAAGAAAACUUCUUUCUUCACGUGUUUAUCCUGUUUGUCGUUCGAACAGGCGGCACAGCUGAUGUUUUCGGCGGAAGCGCGCAAGGAGAGCCGCGGUGCCCAGGCGCACGAGGCCUUUUUUUGGGCCGGUUAGCUUUGCAGCAGUGGGGCAUAGAUAGGGUCUUCCGCCCAGCCUUAGCUACAACGCCGGCAGUUCUUUCGCCGUCUUCCGUGUCCCAGGGCUCCUUGUAUGUGGUUGCCACAUCCAAGAAAGGAGCCCCUCCUUGGGUGUGGAAGACUGCGGGCUAACCGAUGGAAAGGCAAGGAGCCUCAUCGUCGUUGCUGGGAAGUCGUAGCAGGCUCUCCAUGCAGCGGCUGCUAGAGCGCGGGCCAGCAGUGGCAGCUAGAGCGCGGGCUUGGGUGGUUGUAUCUAUUAUACGGCGGUUGUUGGGCGGCCACCGUUAGCCUCAUUAGGUUGGUAGGGAGCUCGGUUCGGUCCCCGCGGGUUGCUGCUGGUUAUUAAUUUCGUGGCCACACCUCUCGGGCAGCCCCGCCGCGUCUAACUUCGCGGGCGGGCGACCUUCUCUGGCAUUCCCGUCCAAGUAUCCGGCUGAGCGCGCAAGGUCGGCCCGUUUGUUGACUUGGCUUGGCUAUAAAAAUAACAUCAAGAAAAACGCCGCGCAGCGAGAGGAGGGCGCGCAAGAGAGGGCUACCGCGGGGCUUAGGCCCCCCUCGCUCGGGGAUUUGUUUUGCUUCGAAAGUCGCCACGCUUCUAGCACACAGCCGAGAUGGCUCGGCCGCCUGUGCGCCCCCCGGCCGGGGCUUCUCGGGCUUUUCUCCGCUUCCGCACCUGCUGCACGGCUUCGAGUUCCGUUCUCAGUCUCGUCUCUUUUUUAAAAAAAAACACGAGAGCAGGCGGGGAAGGAUCCAAGAGUCGCGAAAAAGUUCCGUUAUCAGUUUAGACAGUUCCAAAAAAAGCCAUAUCCAUUGCAAUAUAAGUAGUUCUUGCGGUUUGGAAGAAAAGUCCUUUCACGCGUUUCUGUUUUUCUUCUGAACAGGCGGCACAGCUGAUGUUUUCGGCGGAAGUAUCCUGAGUAAAAACGUCCCCACACCAGAGUUGUAAUGCAGAUUUGCAAAGACAGGAAGACUUGUAACGCGCAUCCCCAUGAGAGCCAUUUCCAAUCGUGUUUUGGAAUUUGUGAUGCUGUGAACAGGAUGAGGAGGUGGAUUUGUUAUGCGGCUUCCCUUGCUAAACUGCACUACACUGCAGAGUGCAACUUGUCAUGCGUGACUCACAAAACACCUAGGUUUGUGUUGCAAAAUCCCCAUCCGGACUCUGGUGUGGGAACGUUUUUACUCAGGAUAGGAAGCGCGCAAGGAGAGCCGCGGUGCCCAGGCGCACGAGGACUUUCCGGACCGGGACGACAAGAACUUUAUGAAGCACACCCUCAGUUGGCAGAAGGGCUCCCGCAACAUUGAAGAUGCCACCAUCGAACUGUCCUACCGACCGGUCAUCGACCAGCCCCUGGACGAUGAGAUGCACCAUGUCCCCCCGGCGAAGCGUGUCUACUAGGUUUUCUUCGUCAAGGUAUUCAGCACUGAUACCCAUCUCAAAAUGAUCCCUGUGAACAACAAAGUUCUUACCAGACCACGAGCGAGACCGAUUAUUAUACACGAACUUGCGAUCAUGGGGAGACGCAGAAGAAGACCUAGACCUAGAAGACGCGGAAAGUUCUUAUUGCCAGCAUCUCCGCUAGUAUUGCUGUCGACAACGCUCACGAUACCGGUACGCUCACACGAGUUUGAGGAGUCCAUGAAAAACCGGUAGGAGAAAUUGAGAGGACAGGUCGUAUCAAUGCGAAAAAUAGCGAUCAUGGAGAUAGAAAUUACAAUUUUAUAAAUUUUUGUACCGAUUAAGUUUCGAACACAAUAAACACGUGGGAUUCUUCGAAAAUUGAUUCAACCGACGUUGCUAAUGCAUGAAUAGGACAGACCUUGAAAGACUAUAUACCAUUAAUCUUUUGACACAGUACCCAGUUUAUAUCCAUUUUCAACACGACGACGAGGACCGUUUGGAAGCCGUCAAUGGACUGUUUAUCCUCGGCGGAUCAGGACUCGGUUCGGCUGAAAAGCGCGACUCUUGGGAGGCCAUUCGCGGAAGGCCUCCUCAUCUCUGAAAAAUACAAUUACAUGUACCCAAAAUUUAUCAAGCACAGCCCGUCAAAAGAGAGGGAUGAAAAGCUGAGCAAGCUGCUACGGUGAUUGCCUCACGUGAACAGGCGAAGAAACUCGAUUGCAAACUAAAAGAAACAUAGGAACGCACCUCUACAUUGUCUAAGAAAAUAAAUAAGUCGGUCCGUCGAGGACACUAUUUAUGCAAAACCACUUACCUCUUCCUUUUCGGUCGUCUUGUAUUUCAAAUGUUUAGUUUUUGCAAAGAAACCACGAAGCUUCAUUUUCCGCAAAUACAAAAAGCAACCAAUCAUUGCCAUCAGCCGCAUUCCUUGCGGCAGCUUGUUGAGAAGGGUUUGAUGAGACGCUCGUCGGCCACUUAGCGACAGAAAUGUAUCACGAUUCUCACGUAUGUGCAGCGAAUGCAGACGAAUGGCACAGGAACAAUUGCACGAAAGACACGAAAAGCGGCAGCGCCGGCGUUGUCGCUUGUGAAAGCGUUUCACUUUCUUCGCCUUUCUUGCUCAUCUGCCUCUUUUGUUGUUGUCGCAGGCAGCAGGCACCUAGGGGAAAGUUAGUGAGUUUCAUGUGACAGAAAAGCGCAAGGAUCCACCUUUCUUAGCAUGAGUUGCGCGCAGUGCGGAGCUCGUUGGAUUUGAUCGAUCAACACAUAUUUACACCUGACGUUGUGAUCCCGUAUAAUAUGGCCAUGAAGCUUUAGCUUUUUGUUUUCGUUCUAUUUUUUUUUAAACGCGUUAGCAUUUGUUCACGUUCAGCAGGCCUUGAUACAUUACUGGC